AAUAAAGUUGCGUUUAUUUACCAGAACUCCGUCCGUGUUGCCGCGGGGGUCGCUGGGAGUUGUAGUCUUACCUCCUAGUCCUGCUCCUCCUCUCAUGGCCGGCUCUGUCUGUGGGGCCGCACCGAGCAGCGGAUUGGGCCGAGUAGAGGGCUGCAUGUGGCCUGGCACGGAAAGGGACAAGAGGCCUUGCGGUGCGGAAUAAGGUAAUGAUUAGAGAAGCUAAAUGUCGCCAUUUAAACAAGGAGGUGAAGCAGUGAUUAAUGGCAGUGUACUAGGGCUAAUCCAUUGGAACAGUCCAAAAGCAAUAGGACUUGGUCACUAGCCAUAAUGAAGAAAAUCAGUCUGAAAACAUUUCGCAAGUCUUUCAACUUGAACAAAAGCAAAGAGGAAAAUGAUUUUGUAAUGGUACAGCAGCCUUCAAUGACCAAUAACUUUGUGAAAGAUGACUCUUUGUUUGGCAGCUGCUAUGGCAAAGACUUGACAGGAUGUGAUAUUAACAGUGAGGAUGAGAAAGGUUGCAAAAAUAGGCCAAAAAGUGAGAGCUUAAUGGGAACAUUAAAAAGACGCCUUUCAGCAAAGCAGAAACAAAAAGGAAAGGGAAGCACAUCUGCUAAUUCUGCAGAAGAGGACACAUUUUCUUCUUCUUCUGCUCCUAUUACUUUUAAAGAUGUGAGAUCUCAGAGACCAUUAAGAUCAACAUCCCUUCGAAAUCACCACUACAGUCCAACUCCAUGGCCCUUAAGACCAACAAAUUCUGAAGAGACGUGCAUAAAAAUGGAAGUGAAAGUGAAAGCUUUGGUCCACUCCUCCAGCCCAAGUCCUGCACUUAAUGGGGUUCGAAAGGACUUUCAUGAGUUGCAGUCAGAUAAUGUUUUUCAGGAACAAAGUAAUGCUUUGAAAAGUACAGAAUCUCAUAAUGGUGAUCUCCAUCUACAUAUUAAUGAACAUGUGCCUGUAGUUAUAGGUCUUAUGCCUCAGGACUAUAUUCAGUAUACUGUGCCUUUAGAUGAGGGAAUGUAUCCUUUGGAAGGAUCACGUGCUUUCUGUUUGGACACUUCAUCCCCGAUGGAAGUUUCUGCUGUACCUUCCCAGAUUGGAAGUAAUAGCUUUCAUGAAGAGGAAAGUCAGUUGGCCCCGGAUGUAGUAGUGGCCCCGGACAUCUUUGUGGACCAGACUGUCAAUGGUCUGUUGCAUAGUACCAAUGGUGUUCUGUUUGAAAACUCCAUGGUAAGUCACAUUGACGUCCCCCCACUUUCACCAUUACUACCUCCAGUCCAGAACAGUCAAAUCCAAAGGAACUUUGCAGGACUUAAUAGCACAGAUGCACAUAUGGCUGAAAAUAUGCGUUGCCAUUUGAAUUUUGAUCCCAAUAGUGCUCCUGGUGUUGGACGAGUUUAUGACUCUGUACAAAACAAUGGUCCUAUGGUAGUUACCAGUCUUACUGAGGAGCUGAAAAAACUUGCUAAACAGGGUUGGUACUGGGGACCUAUCACGCGCUGGGAGGCAGAAGAAAAAUUGGCUAAUGUACCAGAUGGCUCCUUUUUGGUUCGAGACAGUUCUGAUGAUCGUUAUCUGUUAAGCCUAAGUUUUCGUUCUCAUAGCAAAACACUUCACACUAGAAUUGAACAUUCAAAUGGUAGAUUUAGCUUUUACGAACAACCAGAUGUAGAAGGACAUACCUCUAUAGUGGACCUCAUAGAACAUUCCAUCAGAGAUUCUGAAAAUGGAGCAUUUUGCUACUCCAGGUCUCGAGUGCCAGGAUCUGCCACUUAUCCAGUUAGAUUGACAAACCCAGUGUCCCGGUUUAUGCAGGUGCGGUCAUUACAGUACCUAUGUCGUUUUGUCAUACGUCAGUACACCAGAAUAGACCUGAUUCAAAAACUGCCUUUGCCAAACAAAAUGAAGGAUUAUUUACAGGAAAAGCACUACUGAACUUGUGGGUAUUUUGCAAUUUGCACUUUGGGAUCAAAAAGAGAUUUAAAUACAGUUUACAAUCUUUCAUAGCUAUCUGAAUAUUUUGCUGCCAUACUGAUUUUUUUUUUUUUUAUAAAUGAGUGUAAUGCAUUAUUAUUUUUUGUUUUAAUAGUAAAACCAUAAAACAUUUGACUUGUGAAAUCACCAUCUUUUAUCAACAUUCAAUAUCACAAUGUGAAAAUACUAGAUUCUCAUUUUUUUUUUCAUGUUCUUAGCUGCUAUCCACUGUGACUAUUAUGCAUUAAAAGCACACAUUUUGUGUUCCUUACCAUCGCUGACAUUAAAUUAAACCUGUAGAUUUGAUUUUUUUUGUUACCUGUUUGUUUUUACAGUAAAAACUCUAAAGGUUACUUAUAUUUUUAUAGAAAAAAUGCAUAUAUUCCUUAAGAGGUACUUUUUUUUUUUUUUUAAACAUCCAUUUUUAAGUCAAUGAGCUAUUUUCUAAUGUAGUUGCAGACUUUCAGUGCUGUAACCCAUAGCAACUUUUUACUACAUAUCUUGAUCGGUUAAUGAAAGGUAUAAAUGUAGGUAAUUGCUAUGGCCUUUUAAAUUGAAAAUGUGUACCUAUAUUUCUAAAUGACUCCAAACGUAUUGUUAUAAUGUAGCAAAUGACAGAUUUGCAGCCCAUUUUAAAUGUAUUUUGGCACAUUAAGGUAGAAAGUAACAAAGGGCUAACAAAAACAAAACAAAUACAUACAGUGCUUGUAUUUUAUUGUUAAUGUAUAUCAUUAAAGUAAGCACACUUUUCAUAUAGUUACUUAAAAUAGUUUGUUCAUCUAUUUUAUUUAAAAAAAACAAAUGUAAGCCUAAGAUUAAAAUUUGGAAACUUG